AUGGGUCGAUAUAUGGAUUUAGUAACCUAUCUAGCGACUCCAGAUGUAGUUUCGUACGCUCAGCAAAGAGAAACUAUCGCCGCUAUCCUUGAAGAUCCACACCAAAUUGAGAGUCUUGUCUCCGUCACAAAUCGGGACAGGACUCUUUUGAACCUGACUACACAAAGCAAAAGACUCGCGGAUGUCUUUGACAGUCUUCUGAAAUAUCAGAUUGACCAUCCUAAAUCGCCACUUACACCUGAUAUUGGGGAUGCCGCAUCACAUUUCUGCCUCCACAUCCUCCAGGAUCUACAGGAAAUGAUUGAGCCUCAGAAUCUCGUACAAUUAUUCACUUUGACACUCUCCAUCUGUCUAUACUCUUCCAAACACUCUCUCCAUCGUCAGCUCGCAAAACUAUUAAUUGAGUGUGGGGACGCGCUGGAAUCUCUGGCUAGCGACGCUCAAGGGAGUGCCCUGAUUCAGCGGUGGGCGGUUUCAUCUAAAACGACGAUAUACCACUCGAAUAUUAUCCAUGGAUGGACAUCAAGGCUCGUGGACUUGACAAGGCGUUGCUUAGAUCAGCAUAAGUCAUCUUCACUCAUCGAAUCUUGGGACAAUUUAAUGCUUCUCAUAUUGGGGCUAGAAGCAAUUAAUGAUCGCGAAAGGCGUUUAGGUGACAUUCUGUGUGACGAAGGGAUGGCCACUGUCGUAAAAGGCGUUAUCUCUCACCAAAAAUCAACCCCGGAGAGGAGUAUUACCAUACCAAUGAACGUACUUACAGGACUGCGAGACCAUGGUUUGGCUAUACCAGAGUCUUUGCUCGGCGUACAAACCGCGCUUGAAACUUUGAAGACUGACAAAACAAGCGAGAUCCUCAUUGGCAUUGCCAACACAUUUCCCUGCCGCAUCUGCGCCAAAUGCAUUACAUUUCCUCAAAAAAGUCAAAGUAUCACGGUUCAUCAGGCUAGCUUCGAGAGGUCGGUGCAACACCACAAUCUUGAUUUCGCUAUUUUCGGUAUUUCAGAGGGUGCGUGGAGGAUUGUGCUGUCCGAAUUAGCUCUCAAGACUUUGCGUAGACUGGCACAAGAUGAAUUGGCUCCUGUAAGGAACAAGCUUAACGACCUAGCAGCAGGACUAUGGGAAUUUCAUCCGAUUAUUCGUGGACAAAAAGGCGAGAAACUACUCAUCCCAUUCUCAACAACAAAAUGUUACCGGGCUGGUCCUAAAGACAUUUUGAUCUUAUGGCAUAUUGAUCUCAGUCCCUCGACGGAUAGUGCGGGCACGAAGCAGUGUAUUAGAGUCUGGGAGAUUGGCAAAGAGCGUGAAGUCAUGAACGUCGUCCCCAAAGCUGCUCUCCUACACCAGAAUUACUCCAAAGAAGCCGUUGACCUCUGCACAUCGAAUCCAAUGAAGUUCAAACACAGAUUCAUACCGCUUUUCCAACCACUCGCUGAUAGCAAAAGAACAAUGCAGCGGCAGAGUGCGAAACUUGAUAUGCGCACCGCUGACCAGGCUAUCAUAGAAAUGGCCCACAAAUGGUAUCCGUUGACCGAUGCGGUCUUGAAGGCACUUGCUGAAAAGGAUCUCACGGCAGAAUUCCCCUUCGAGCUCUCUCAGGAAGAGAUGCAUGUCAUCAGUCACGUCAAAAGUCCAAGCCUGAUCUUGGGCCGGAGCGGCACUGGCAAAACUACUUGUUUAGCUAAGAAACUAGUGGGCAAAUACAUUGCUAGUAUGAAAUUAGGUGGAGACAGACCAAUACAGCAGGUGCUCUUGACUCGUUCUGGGCUGCUUGUUGAGAAACUUUUCCUGUACACUCGAGAUCUGAUCAGAACACUUGGUCCGGACACGUCUCAGCCAACAAUGGUCACAAAGACCAGUCAAUUUGCGGGGUCUGCAGCUCCUCUCUAUAGAAUGGAUGUUACACAGCUGGAGGCAGAUAUGUUCCCCCUCGUUUGUACUUUCGACGAUCUCUUGUCAAUGCUGGAGAAUACUGUGGUCGCGCUUGAUCGGCAGCGAGACAUGUCAUCAGAGGGUCGAGGAAGAAAUGGUCGUCUGGUCAAGGUAGACUUUAAUCGAUUCAGAACAGAUUACUGGCCUCGUUUGCCAGAUAAGACAAGGCACGACUUUGCUGUAGAUGCUGUGUUUCCAGAAAUUAUGGGCGUUAUUAAAGGCUCAACUGACUCUAGCCUGAGUCUGGAGCCUCUUUCAAGGGACCAAUACAACAACAUGUCCGCGCGAAAGGCUCCAACGUUCUCUGAUGAGGACCGCGACCGUAUUUAUGAUAUCUUUGAAGCCUACGAGCAGAUGAAAUCCCAGAACGGACAUACAGAUGAUGUCGACCACAUUUUCAAGCUUUUAGUCUGCAUCAGAACUAAUGAGACAAUUCGCUCAACUCUACGCUCUGUCUUUUCUGAAGUCUAUAUCGACGAGGUACAGGAUCAUCGCUGUGUAGAUCUGGAGCUAUUCUUGGCUUUUAUUGACGAUAAACGGGGAUUUCACUUCGCCGGCGAUACAGCCCAGACAAUCGCACUCGAUACAAGCUUUCGUUUCGAGGAUGCAAGAACAUUAUUUUCACAAGCUCUGCCUAAUGGAAUUUCAGAGAAAGCUAGAAAACAUCUACUGCCCAGGAAUUUCAACCUAUCGACCAACUUUAGAUCGCACCAGGGGAUCUUGAACCUAGCGGGUUUAGUAAUGACAAUGUUAUGGAACGGUUUUCCAUCUUUCAUUGACAAGCUUGAGCCAGAGACUGGGAUCAUGAAUGGGCCGAAACCCGUACUCUUUCUUCGAUGCGAUGCCAACAUUAUUCGAUCAAGGUCGGUUGGCCUGUCAGAACUGUCUCAGCGAUCUGCAGAUUUUGGGGCAGAGCAAGUGAUACUGGUUCGUAACCAGGAUGAAAAGCGCAAUCUCCAGGCAGAGAUAGGGGACAUCGGACUCAUUCUCACAAUCCUAGAAGCGAAGGGUAUGGAGUUUGACGAUGUCAUUAUCUGGCAUUUCUUCUCCAACUCCGCUCAUCAGACGUCUUUUCGGAGAAUUGGAGCACUCAUGGGCCAGCUGCCAAGCGAAUUUGGGAGAAAUCAUCCGCAAAUGUGUCUAGAGCUCAAGCUUUUAUACGUUGCCAUUACAAGAGCUCGAUUUCGGCUGUUCUUCUUUGAACGAUCAGACAAAGAAAUUACAUCUGUAUGCCAGCUACUCGACAAUGCAUACGAAGAACCUUUAGUCGAGACGACACGCCCAAGCCAAUCCGACUUCAAUAGGAAGCUGGCGACGAUUGAGCCAUCGAAAACAAACGAUCCCAAUAAAUGGAAAGCCCAAGGCUGGCGCCUAAUGGCAUAUAAGCACUAUGACGCUGCGGUUUUGUGCUUCAGGAAGGCAUUCGACGUGAAGGCUGAGCAGGAAGCGACUGCUCAUUCAAAUGAAGAGAAAGGUAUCGAACUUGAGUCGAAGGGAAAGGUUGGAGAGGCACGUCAAUUUUAUUCCAAAGCCGCCAGCGCCCUGAGAGAGUUGAAAAAGGUGAAGGAUGCCACGAGAAUUCUUGAAGAGCGGCUAAAAGACCUCGCCUCCGCCGCUUCUCUUUGGGAAGAAGCUGGCGAGCUAGACAAAGCUGCUCCACUAUUUGAGCAGGCACAGCUGUAUUCCGAAGCAGCAGGCUGCUACACUUCGAUGUCAAUGUACGAAGAAGGGCUAGGUUGCUUACGACGAGGAGCCUGUUUUGAUGAUUUCGUCAUGUACCUCAGCCAUCACUAUGAAAGCUUCGCAACAAUAACCGUUCAGCGUAAUAGUCAGUUGUGCAGACUGCUACUCAAGCAGCGCAAAAUCUCAGCAACGUGCCGAAAAUACGCCAUCCGAGCUCUGGGAAGUCCUGAAGAGCAAGAAGCAGGCUUAGUCGAGUAUGACCUACACGAAGAUCUUGAGGCUUUUUACGAGCAGCAAAUGAGAUUCGUAGACUUGUUCCGUCUAAGGAUCCGGCAAGGCCGCCUUCUGGAAGCUCUGGAACUGUCUAUUUGUCAGCGACUCUGCGAAGAGAGCGCACCUGAAGUGCAGGCUUUGACCAGGAAGCUAUUUACGUUCAUAUGUGCUCAAAAUUUGUGGGCAUUUUGGGGCGCGAAGUCAGCUGAUUUCAAGGUUCCAGUGGAAGACAAAUACAGCAAGCAUGCAGAUUUAGCAAAUAUUGCCAAAUUGUGGCAAGAGAUAUCUUCGGUAUCUACCGCCGAACUAAGCGGCUAUUUAGAUACGCUCGAGGAUGCUACUGUUGAAAUCUGUACAACGAUAUUCGUUCUCUCAAAUGAAACAUCGGUCUGGCAGACCGUGGAUUUUCUAGCACUUCCAAUCGCCCUUCUCUCUCGUGCUAUCACCUUCGCUGGCCAGCUUACGGACUCUACCAACGUCGAAGCUGUGAGCAUAGUAAGACUGCUUGGGGGUAUAUGGCAGACAGACGAGCAGAGUCCACCAAUUGUGAGUGGGACAUCUGUAUUCGCUCCAGAGUGCGGAUUCGACACUCGGAGCGUAGAUUUAGAAGCGGCCAAGCACAAGAUCCUUGAGGUAACGUCUACUGCGAUACUAAAAAUAGACGAUUGUGCCAGGGGACUGUGGGACCUGAGAUGGCCAUCGCGCUGCCGUCAUUUUCUAAGCCUUGGCUACUGCCCAUCAAAGCGUCAAGGACAAGAUUGUCCUUUUCUGCACGAGUCAAUGACAUCUCAAGAUUGCUCAGACAGAAUUGCCGACCUCUUAAGCUUCACUUGCUUGCUUUGCAACGCCAACAGACUCUACCUCAGCCGAGCGAUGAGUGAAGCAUUUAACGGUUCCUUUCUACCGAUACGGCGUCGUUGGCUUGAACGACUACUGCGAGAGCUUACCUUUGUCUCAGCCUGUGAUCAAGACGCAACACAGGUUAAUUCGGGUUGGCAGCAAUUGCUGGCUGAUCGAGGCCUUACUGUCGUGAAGUCUUCGCUUGAAGAUCUCUUGUACCAUCGUUUAGGACGGCAAUGGGCUAGUAAUAAGACAUAUUCAGCUAUACAUGAGCAAUUGCAGAUGGCGAGUUGCUUCGGUCGCGCUGUACAAGGUCGUUUCUUCAGGAACCUGUCCAAUAAGCUUUACAAUGAACCACGAAGUGGCCCAGUCUAUCAUGAUCUCAGACGAUAUCUUCAAUUACAAUGCAACUUCCAUGAAGUACCUGCAGUCGCCGUGAAAGAGCACAUCGACGAUUUUCUUGGGGUACUAUUCACUAUCCACGAAGACCAGCUAGCGACAUUACCAGGGCUAACUUCAAGAUUCGAGCUCCUGUGUUUUUAUAUGAUUCUCCGCCUUCGCGGUAGAUAUUGUUUACUGCCCACGUCCUGGAUCGAGUGUCAUUUGCCUCAUUUACCUCGUGAAGCGCUCGAGCACUACAUCGUGCCCGAACGCGACAAUCAGGUAUAUCGCCAGUGCCUCUUGAAGCUUGUGGAUCAUUUCUGCCGCCUUCUUUUGUUCUUCGAUAGACAGCUUCGUGGACCUGGGUUUACGCUGAUGUGUUGCGGUGUGAGGCUUCAGGAACGCUAUCUUCAACGACGUAAUACUAACAUGAUACUGACAUGUAUCGCAAAUCUAGGGUUACAAGUCGGACUAUCAGGCGAAAUGGUCAAUAUGGUGAACAAUGUUCUUACUUUAGGUUCAAUGCGAGCUAGUCACAUGUGCUUCAAAACAUCUUCUGAGCUCAUGCAAAGGGCUUUAAUGCUUUCAUUUGAGAUGUACGAGGCUAAAGACACUCUCUUGCUAGUCAUAGACCAAAGCAAACACUAUCCUUCCUUGAAACACCUACACGGCCUCGAAAACCACCCUGAUGUAGUAAAAACAACGCCUCAAGAUCUACAGUCGAGAAUAUCAAGCGACGUGCUCUCCGCCGCACCUGACCAAGGGGGAGCUACAGAGCAACAAUAUUCAGAGGCAGACUUGAAGGCUAUCACAAUAGUCCAGCGUCUUUGGAAGACCCGAAGGCCUGGUGUUCUCCGCCAACGGCAGUGGCUCCAAACUUUCGAAGGCAAGCUAGCUACAAACUUCAAGGAUGCGGUUAUGAGACAAGCGUCACCUGUAGUCACGGGCUGGCGUUUAAGAAUAGACGGUAUCAUGGUAGCUAGAGCAGUGCAAGCUCUACGCAAUACCAUUUCAACUUUUAGGCAAAAAGCGCUUAACUUGCUAAGUACGAUUGGGUUGCAGGAGGAGAACAACGAAGAUUUAGACUCACAGAUACAAGCCUUGAGCCAAUAUGAACGCAAACUGAUGGCUAUCGCUGAACGGCUGACGGGCCAAGGGCUAAUCCAGUUACUUGAAAGACCAGAGCAAGUGAAAGAUACGCUGAAGUCUUUCCUAACAGAUACGCAUGAGAUUCAAAAGGGUAUGCCAGAAAUCAAGAGGGCCAUAAGGAAGGGUGAGAAGAAAACGGCUUCGGCAAAGCCAACAACAAAGGCGAAAGAGGAACAAAAACAGGACUGA